GAGAACAAUAAUGAUGACCGUUUAUACUGUCUUUGUAAAAGGAAAUAUGACUCUAAUAUGUUUAUGAUUGCUUGUGACCGUUGUGACGAAUGGUACCAUGGUGCAUGCGUAAAUAUUUCUGAAAAAGAUGCCAAAAGAAUUAAACUAUAUGUUUGUAAGGACUGUGUCCAAAAGAGAGAAAAAGAA